UGGAGUGAUCAAGAAAACAAGCAGAUUCCUGUCUUAAAUCUUUUGCCCUCUGGGUCUUAUAUUUACACAACAUACAUAGUACUUAGCAUUAAUCACUCUAUAAAUAUAUCCCCUCAACUAUCAUCAGUUCUACCUUAUUCUAUUACCCUUUCUCACACUUGUUGUAGAGAGAGAGAGAGAGAGAGAGAGAGAAAGAAGACAGAGAGAGAGAGAGAUGGAGCUCACUCAACAUAGCCUGUUAGAGGAGCUAAUUAUGGCUCCAAAAACAGAAACCCCUUUUGCUAGUGAAUUCUUCCCAAGUACUUGGAACAUGAAUCCUUUCGAACAAACCCCAGAUUUGCAUCAUUUGCCACUGACAAACACAUCGCUUUUGGAACUCAUUUCACCGCCAGAGUUCAACUAUCCCUGUCCCUUUGGCGAGUUCCAGCCUUUUCUUGAUGCUUUAACUUCGCCCGACUACUGUCCGUUAUACGAAAAGGAUGAAUUGCCAGCAAUGGCAGUGCAAGAAGAUCAGUUCCCGACGAGUGUGGAUAGCAGACAAGUUGGGUUUCUUGAUAGUGUUAUUUCAACAGGGUUUGGAGAUGGAAUGAGCUGCUUUAAGGUUGAGAGCUCGCAGAUUGAUGAUAUCCUGAUUGCGGACAGUACAACCAAUGUAGGUCUGUGUGGUGAGAAGAAGUGCAAAGUCAAGAAGCCUAAUGGGCAGCCUUCCAAGAAUUUAAUGGCCGAAAGGAGACGAAGGAAGCGACUCAACGAUCGCCUUUCAAUGCUCCGAUCAAUUGUCCCUAAGAUCAGCAAGAUGGACAGAACAUCUAUACUGGGAGACACAAUUGAUUACAUGAGGGAGCUUCUUGACAAGAUCCAUAAGCUGAGGGAAGAGGGCAUUGAUGAAAACACCAACGGGAUCAACCUUAUGGGCAAGUAUUUGAAGGAGCUCAAGCCAAACGAGACGCUAGUCAGGAACCCUCCUAAGUUUGAUGUGGAAAGGAGAAGGGAAGACACACGGGUGGAGGUGUGUUGUACAGCAAAACCAGGACUGUUGUUGUCGACUCUCAGCACCCUGGACGCUCUAGGCCUUGACAUUCAGCAAUGUGUCAUCAGCUGUUUCAAUGAUUUCUCCUUACAAGCUUCUUGUUACGAGGUAGCCGAGCAUCGGGAGCUAAUAAGUUCUGAAGAGGUAAAACAAGCAUUGUUUAGGAAUGCAGGUUACGGAGGAAGAUGCCUAUAGACAAUUCACAUAUGUAGAUGCGCGUGGAAAAAUAAGACGAGGAGUUAUAUAAUGGAAAUAUCGAACGAGGAUGAGAUGUUUAUGUUCUAUGUUUAGGAUUCUUUAAGUGAUAUAAUAAUAAUUUGCCUUUUU